CAGUCGCGCCGGAGACACGCUUAGAUUCUGAUGCUCGCGUGCGGCGCGGGGAGAGGGGCCCGGGGAGGAACGCGGGUCGCCGCCGCUCUGCCCUGGCCAUGCAGGUGUCCAGCCUCAACGAGGUGAAGAUUUACAGUCUCAGCUGCGGCAAGUCGCUGCCCGAGUGGCUUUCUGACAGAAAGAAGAGAGCACUACAGAAGAAAGAUGUCGAUGUCCGCAGGAGAAUUGAACUUAUUCAGGAUUUUGAAAUGCCUACUGUUUGCACCACUAUUAAGGUGUCAAAAGAUGGACAGUAUAUCUUAGCAACUGGCAGCUCUGAAGUUUAUAGAUUAAACUUAGAACAAGGCCGGUACUUGAAUCCGCUACAGACUGAUGCUGCGGAGAAUAAUGUGUGUGACAUAAACUCAGUACAUGGCUUGUUUGCCACAGGAACGGUAGAGGGCCGCGUGGAGUGCUGGGACCCGAGAACUCGCGGUAGAGUCGGCUUGCUGGACUGUGCGUUAAGCAGCGUCACGGCAGACUCAGAGAUAAACAGUUUACCAACAAUCUCUGCUUUGAAAUUUAAUGGUGCCUUGACCAUGGCAGUUGGAACAUCCACAGGGCAGGUUUUAUUAUAUGACCUUCGAUCGGAUAAACCAUUGCUGGUUAAGGAUCACCAGUAUGGGCUGCCCAUUAAGUCAGUUCAUUUCCAGGAUUCACUAGAUUUGAUUUUGUCUGCAGACUCGCGCAUUAUCAAAAUGUGGAAUAAGAACUCAGGAAAAAUAUUUACUUCCUUGGAGCCAGAACAUGACAUUAACGAUGUCUGCCUCUAUCCCAACUCAGGGAUGCUUCUUACUGCCAGCGAAACCCCCAAGAUGGGCAUCUAUUACAUUCCGGUUUUGGGUCCUGCUCCCAGGUGGUGUUCGUUCCUGGACAACUUGACAGAAGAAUUAGAAGAGAAUCCUGAAAGCACGGUUUACGAUGAUUACAAAUUUGUCACCAAGAAAGACCUUGAAAAUUUAGGGCUCACGCAUCUCAUCGGAUCACCUUUCCUCCGGGCAUAUAUGCAUGGAUUUUUCAUGGAUAUAAGACUCUAUCACAAGGUGAAGUUGAUGGUAAAUCCAUUUGCUUAUGAAGAAUACAGGAAAGAUAAGAUCCGACAGAAAAUAGAAGAAACCCGCGCACAGAGAGUCCAAUUAAAGAAAUUGCCCAAAGUUAACAAAGAACUAGCACUUAAAUUAAUUGAGGAAGAGGAGGAAAGGCAAAAAUCUACCUGGAAAAAGAAAGUUAAGAGCCUUCCUAAUAUUCUCACCGAUGAUCGAUUUAAAGUUAUGUUUGAGAACCCUGACUUCCAAGUAGAUGAAGAGAGUGAAGAAUUUAGGCUUUUGAAUCCACUUGUUUCGAAAAUAAGUGAAAAAAGGAAGAAGAAACUAAGACUCUUAGAGCAACAAGAGCUUCAUGAAAAAGAAGAGGAGGAAGAACCGGAAGGAAAACCAAGUGAUGCAGAAAGUUCUGAGAGUUCAGAUGAUGAGAAGGACUGGGUUGAAGAGGUCAGGAAGCAGCGCAGACUGCUCCAGCAGGAGGAAAAGGUGAAGCGGCAGGAGCGGCUCAGGGAGGACCAGCAGACAGUCCUCAAGCCCCAGUUUUAUGAUGUCAAAGCAGGAGAAAUCAGAAGCUUCAAAGAUUCUGCCACCAAGCAGAAGCUGCUGAAUAAAACCCUUGAAGAUCGUUUGAAACUCGAAGCAAAAAAUGGCACGGUGAGCAUAGCAGAUACCACAGUCGGCAGCAAACAGUUGACAUUCACGUUAAAGAAGUCCGAACAACAGAAGAAGCAACAGGAGGCUGAGAAGCUGCACCGACAAGAAAGGAAAACCCUCCGUCGUUCAGCUGGUCACCUGAAGUCCAGACACAGACGCGGCCGGCCGUUUCAUUGAAUCUGGAAACCAGUCCUGCACGUGGCUCCGGAGGAGCGCCCAAACUGACCAUCGCUUAGCACGUCGAACACAGAGGGACACAUGUUAACCGUUCGUGUAAAUUCUUGGUACCUGGGUGAGGUAAAGGUUUGGCAGCUGUCGUCACGCCCUCUGCAGCAGCCUUGGAAACCGCCCCCCUUCCCCACACUGUCUGUAAGUUGUUGUCCCCAUAAACACUGUCCGUUCCCCCCCCCCUCCCAGUUUUAAUCAAGUAAAGCCAGGUGUUGCUUUUCCAUCUUGUGAAAUGUGUAACAUGGGAUGGGAGGUUAUCCUGUGCUAAAAAUGCAGAUCGACCAUGUUCGGCACCGUUUCCUUUCAGUGCCUACUGUCCUUCACUGUUGACCCCCAGGAACCCUGUUCCUGUGUCGCCUGAGGUGUCCGUGUUGGCCGUGUUUGCAUUUCUACAUUGGUAGUUUGUGGCUUGUUUAUGUGGGGGGGGGCGGUUUAAAACAUAUUUUAUAAAAAGAAUAUAAUUUUAUGGUAAUAAUCCUAAAACAAAAAUGGAAGCUACUGGUUAUUCUCUUAACUUUUCACAAGAUUAAAUAUAGAUUUUCCUUUUUUUUUUUUCUGUUUCUUAAAGUGCAAUUUGAGAUAAACUGGCUGGAGAAAACAUUUAUAAAAAUAAAUACUUUCAUUUGAA